UUUCUGGGCACCGCUAACCGAUAGCAACACAAAAACAAGUUUUCCGAAUUUCAUAGCCAGUUAAAUAAAAAAGGCAUUUCGAAAUGGAGCCCAUAUCACAUCUGGUGAAGUCCUCGCUGCCCAAUUACUUGUCAAGUCUGCCGGUUCCCGACAGCAUCGGCGGCUGGUUUAAGCUCUCCUUCAAGGAUUGGCUGGCCCUGAUCCCACCCACCGUGGUGGUGGCCGGAAUCGGCUACACCGCCUACCUGGCCUACUGUCCGGCGGCACGGGCCAGCUGCUCGGCCAAAAUCAGCGGACGCUGCAACAACCACAUCCGCAAGAACGAGCCCAAGGUGGUGGACAUGAUCGACGUGGAGGACAUUGCGGAGAAGGCGGCCUUCUGUCGCUGCUGGAAGACUAAGAACUGGCCCUACUGCGAUGGCAGUCAUGGCGAGCACAACAAGCAGACUGGGGACAACGUCGGACCAAUUGUCAUCAAGAAGUAGAUUGCGGCGGUGCAUCGAUACACAAAAGUCUAGCAUUUCCUCGUUCGAAUUCCCGCUGAGCUGCAGUUCGCUUUUAAAACCAAUAGUACUUUGAAGUACUUCCACGCUGUCAGAACCCUUGUAAUUGUAAGCAAUAAUUGAUGAUAUUGAUGGAUUAAGUUAAAAGGAGCCAAUAAAAUUGCCCAAACAUAAAUUGAAAUCUA